GACAGACCGGUCCCCCUUCUGUUGCUGAACCACAGCAGACAUGGCGGAGUUCAGCCAGGCGGGCCUCCUGGCGGCUCUGCUCCUCUUCACGGCCCUCACGGUCCGGGACGUUUAUCUCGGUAGAUCGAGUCCGCAGCGAGGAGACCAGCAGGCCGACAGCCCCGGCCUCUCCCCGGACACCCCGCCGGAUUUAGAGCCCGGGAAGCCCGGCAAGUCCUCCAUGUACACCGGGCCCGUGCUCAAGUUCCAGUACUGUAUCUCCUGAGGCUACAGUAAGGUGUUCCAGGAGUACUCCCGGUCCAUCAGCCAGCUGUACCCGGACAUCCGCAUCCAGGGAGAGAACUACCCCCCCACCCCCUUCAACAGGUGUGUCGGCAACCUGAUCUCCUACCUGAAGCUCCUCGCCAUCCUGCUCGUUGUCAGCGGCCAGAACCCCUUCGUCCUCCUCGGCCUCGACACGCCCAGAGCCUGGACCUGGAGUCAGGACAACAAGAUUUUCUCCUGUCUGAUGGCGUUCUUCUUCUGCAACAUGAUGGAGACGCACUUCCUGUCCACGGGGGCCUUCGAAGUCACGCUAAACGACGUCCCCGUGUGGUCCAAGCUUCAGUCGGGUUACGUCCCGAACAUCCAGGAGAUCUUCCAGAUCCUCGACACCCACCUGAAGAUGAACCAGGUGGAUCCUGGGAGCUUCCCCUCCACCUAAAGCUGCAUGCAGCCGUGCUGCGUUCACAUGUCCCGGCUCAGUGGGACGUUCGACCGCUGGCGCUCAUGAAGGUUUGGCCUAAAAGCAGACUCUGCGGGGCCCGGCCGGAUGUCCCUCGCCGCGAAACGAGCGCUCCCUCUGCGCCGGAUCACAGCUCGAAACUACAGUACCCAUAAUGCAUCUGUCAGCUGGACGCCCAGGCUGACGUCUCUCCUGGAUUCUCUUAGUUCUAUUUUUUUAUUUAUUUAGUUUGAGGUUCAGCAGGAACCAAAUAACUCUACGGUACAGUUAGCUUCAUGCUAAUUAGCCUCCGUCUGGACAGGAAGUACCAGACAGGAAACAGAAAUGAAUGAAUAUGAAACAUUUUCACUGUCAGUUAUUUUUUACGUCAUCGUGUCGUCUGAAAUAAAAAGAAAAGUUUCCGACUUUAA